AUGGGUAAGAAAUCGUCUUUCGACGCUUUGUUACCAACGUAUUCUGAGUUUAUUUUUGGACAUGUAACACGCAGAGAUCCAGAAAGUCUAGAAAAACUCUUCGUGACAGGCAGAGUGGAGGGCACCAGAUCUCAAGGCCGAUGUCCUACUCGCUUGACCGAUAAAGUAAGGGCCCUUACAGGUCUUACCAUCAACGAGGCGCAGAGACAGGAGAGAGUGGAGGAAGUUAAAAGGCGCCACUAA